UUUCAGUGGCGUUUGAUGCUUUGAAUCCAAAUUUCCGGUACCAGCUCAAAGUAACAUUAGACUGCGAAAUAAGACCUACCCACAUGUCGCAGCUGAAACGAUUUCUCUUGGAAUUCCACGCGGUCGUGUAUUUAGUAUUUUUUGCUUUACUAAUUUAAACAGUAAAGUAAAGUGUAACUUGCUGAAUUACCAUCUUUAAAGUUAUGUGUGUUUUAUAUUAAACCACGUGCUACAAUCGUAAAGCAAAUUCCAGAAGUUGAAGUGUACCGUUUCAAAAACACGUAAUCUGAAGCCGCUAAAGCAAAACGGAUAUCAUAGUGUCCCACAGUGCUCUUACCCAUAUUAAUUUAGUUUAAUAACUACUUCCUUUAUAAUUACACAUCUGUUUAACCGACGUAAGCAGUACAUCGCUGUAUGUAUGCAUAGAGCUGCCAAUUUCAGCAGGUUUUUCUCUAAAUCUACCACGCUUAAGUCACUACUACAGCUAGUGACAAAAAAUAAUCGAACAGACGCUAGUAGAAUUGCUUCAGUUGCAUUGUCGUCACAGGUUUCUACAACAACACACUCCAAACCGGUAACGAUGAAGUACAUCAUAGUUACUGGUGGCGUCAUCAGUGGCCUCGGCAAGGGCGUCGUUGCCAGCUCCCUCGGAACAUUGCUCCAUUCGUGCGGAAUCGGAGUCACCUCCAUCAAGAUCGAUCCGUACAUAAACGUGGAUGCAGGAACAUUCUCUCCUUAUGAACACGGCGAGGUAUACGUUCUGGACGAUGGCGGAGAGGUGGAUCUCGAUCUAGGAAAUUACGAGCGAUUUCUAGAUAUCACGCUACAUCGUGAUAAUAACAUUACUACGGGUAAAAUUUAUAAAAAAGUGAUUGAUCGAGAACGAGUAGGAGAUUACUUGGGGAAGACAGUUCAGGUGGUACCUCACAUUACGGACGAAAUUCAGGAAUGGCUGGGAAGGGUGGCCACAAUACCAGUCAAAGAUAACAUUACCCCAGAAGUGUGUAUCGUGGAACUUGGUGGAACGAUCGGUGACAUAGAGAGUAUGCCAUUUGUCGAAGCACUCCGCCAGUUCCAGUUUCGAGUGAAACGAGAGAAUUUCUGUCUUGCACACGUUUCGUUGGUUCCAUCACCUCGCGCUACGGGUGAACCGAAAACCAAACCUACGCAGGCCAGUGUGCGGGAACUUCGUGGGCUGGGACUUAGCCCAGAUUUGAUCGUCUGUCGAUCGGAGCAUCCGAUUGGUAAUGAGGUUAAGGAAAAAAUCAGUAACUUUUGCCAUGUAGCUCCAGAGCAAGUAAUAUGUAUACACGACCUGUCGUCUAUCUAUCAUGUCCCGUUACUAAUGGAAGAGGCGGGUGUGAUUGACAUGGUGAAUGACAGACUGAAACUGAAUCUGACUUCAACACGACCAGUUCAAUUCAUGCAGAAUUGGCGAGACCUAACGGAACGCAUUGAUAAUGUGUACAAAAAGGUUACUAUUGCUGUAGUAGGAAAAUACACUAAACUGCAGGAUUCCUACGCGUCGCUGUCCAAAUCGCUUUUACAUGCAUCAUUAGCCGUAGGAUAUAAAGUUAUUAUCAAAUAUAUUGAAGCCUGUGAUUUGGAACGAGAGACCAAACAUAACCAGCCCCAGUCGUACUACGAAGCCUGGCAAGCUCUCACAAACAGCCAUGGCGUCAUUGUUCCAGGAGGAUUUGGUACGCGUGGUGUGGAAGGAAAAAUUCGUGCAUGCCAGUGGAGCCGAGAAAACAAAAAACCUUUCCUUGGCAUCUGUCUCGGUCUACAGGCUGCCGUUAUCGAGUUCGCUAGAAAUAUUCUGGAGAUCGAGAACGCAACUACUGCAGAAAUUGACCCAAAAUGCGAGCACCCGUUGGUCAUAGAAAUGCCCGAACAUCACCCAGGACAAUUGGGUGGCACAAUGCGUUUGGGAAAGAGAACGACUAUCUUCAAGAAAGAUAAAAGCAUUAUGAGGCAAUUAUACGGCAACGUAGAUCAAAUCGAGGAACGGCAUCGUCAUCGGUACGAAGUUAAUCCAAAGUACGUCGCUCAGUUGGAAGAGAAGGGUAUGAAAUUCGUCGGCCAUGAUUCGGAGAAGACUAGAAUGGAAAUCAUUGAGUUGAAAGACCAUCCGUAUUACGUCGCCACACAAUUCCACCCGGAGUAUCUUUCACGGCCACUCAAGCCGUCCCCUCCCUUCCUGGGCCUGAUUUUGGCUUCAGUAGGUAAGCUAGAUUCCUACCUACAGCAGGGAAAUAAGCUAGUGUCGCCGUCGUACGUUGCAAGCGAAAAUUCGUCUGAUGAAGGCUUAGGGAACUAGGGAUAAGACGACUAUCAGGAGCAAAAGUGUAACUUUAUAGUUUUCCAUGAAAACAAAGCAGAAUUCUACUGUGGUUGUUUUUUUAACGUUUCUUCAAUGUUUUUUACAAUGCACGAUAGGACAAUUUAUUGAUAGGAUAUAUAAACUCAGACUUAAUGUGAUUUUAAAAUUUUGCUUUUUGGAAUGUGAAAAAAAUAUAAAAAUAGCUAUAAUGAAAUCUAAUUCGUCUUCAUAUAUAGUUUGUUAGGCAUAAGGGACUAAAUUGACUUGACUCCUAUAGAAAAAAGCGCAAAUUUAACAUUUUGUAUUAUUAAUUAGCAAUAAUUAUUUGGCUUAAUUGUGGCAGAUAUGGUUGAGACAAACAGGACACGGUUAUUAAGGGUAAACCCACCGCUUAUUUUGAUUAAUAUUCCUAUCCGUCAAGAGAGUAGUUGCGGUGUGAAUAAAAUAUGGCGGUUAAUUAUAAGCGAAAAAACGGUGAUAACAACCGUGGCAUGGCAGAUGUUAACAGAUUCAACAUAUAAGUCCUAUUGUAAUAGUUUUUAUGUAAUUAAUUAUGUCCUUUAAGCCCGGAAUCCCCACAAUCAAAGAACAAAUGCCAUCGCCAACGCCAAUCGUAGACGGAAUUGCUAAGCUUAAUGUUUCGAAUUGAAGAAGAGCAACCAGGAAACUGCAAGACGGUAUUAAUUCAAUUGAACCGAAUGUUAGAGGGAAAUGCAUAACCACUUGACACUGAAAAGAAGGCCAUGAAAAGUGACAUAACUUAUGAGUAUGAGUGAAUCGUAAAUAUUUUUAACUUUGAUUCAAUUUAACUUAAUUUGGGAUCGUGGUACAUUGGAAAAUGAAAUCCCAACAAGAAAUGUUGCAACUACCGACAAAACAGAAGUUGGUUGUCAUAGAUAACAAAUCGAUAUCGAUAAAAGCGAGUAAAUUAGAACUUUUUUUUAAAUAUGGUUGUAUUACAGGGUGUCGAUUACCUGGAAAAUCAGGGAAAACCUGGAAAUGUCAGGAAAAUUCGUUUCAACCUGGAAAAGUCAGGGAAUGUCAGGGAAUUUCAUUUGAAGUCAGGGAUUUUUGACAUGGGAAGAAAAUAUACCGGAAAAGUUAAGACUUCGCAAGAAUAACAUUUAGGUACUAAAUAUCUGGCACCUUUUCACUCAAGGCCUUCGCGUAUAUCUUAAUCAAAUAUAAUACGAGACGUUAUAUCUACUCACGUGCUGUGUUCAAAUUUGCGAGUUUCGAAAUUUCGAAUUUCAUGAAUGUGCGACCUGGUUUAAACCUCAACAACGGUUGAACCGAUUUGAUCGAUUCUGGUUUCAAAGGGAAGUGCUCACAACCUAAUCGAUCAUUAUCAAUAUCUUUAGGAUUCUUUGAUAUUAAUUGGAUAUUUAGAUCAACACUCAAAAUAAUUUUCACGUUGAAAUUACGGGAAAAGUUAUGUGAAUUUUUUCCACCCUACUUUUCCCGUACUAUUUACGUGAAUUUAAUUUAGUUUGCAUUAGUAUGCGUGCAUUUACGUGGAAAUCAGAUAGAUGUUAUUGUAUUUUCCUAUAAUGUUCAACUGAAAGUCACUUAACUCCCUGUAGAGAAAUUUACGUGAUUUUUCAUAUGGAAAGGACGUGUGGAUUAUUCUGCGUGAAAAAUUCUGGAUAGAAAAUUUGCUUAUUUUGUACGGAAAGUGGCAUAAAAAGGCCAUACCAGCAAAUUUUGCGUCUAGAUAAUUCAAGACUUCCGCACCGAGAUCGGACUGUUACUGGAACGAGGACUAAUCAAACUGAACCAAGAUCAGCCUUUGAAAAUUUACUACGUUGUUCAACCUGAACGGGCCAGAACCCGGCCUUUAGUUUUUAUUCUCAUGUCGAUCAUUAGAGAAAACCUACGCUUAAUGCGUAUUCGAAUGAAAGACCAUAUCAGCUUCAAAAUUCUGAUUUAGUCUAACAAAUCAGUCAUAUCUUCGAAAUUCCACUGCGAGCAGAGGAUCGAUAGAGUCGCAAACCCGAAGUUUUCCUGAAUAUCAGAAGCUGGCUGGAAGUAGGUCGAAUAAAAGAUCGAAGGUCAGGUUCUAAAUAAUACGAUGAUGCUGCGAUGUUCGAUGAGUCGUUUGGCCUCGAAAGUUUUUAUAUUUAUGACGAAGUGUUUCCUGUUCCUCAAAUUUUGAUAACAAAUCGAAAUAGCUGCUCAGACAAAUCGGACUUUGUGUCAGAAAAUAUCUUCAAAUUACUUUCUAAACUAAAGACCAACCUUUAUGUUUAUUGUUUUGCAUAGUUAAAUGUUUGAAGCGGAUAUAUACCCAUUCAUUACAUGUAAUCUAACAGGCAAGACGGCUCUCCCACAUCCCUUUGGCAACCAGCCAAACCAGAUAAACCAGCAGACUAUUUCUUUUUUUUUUCGAAAAGAUAUCUUGCAAAUGUUAUUUAGCUUGAUUCUUUAAUUUCGAUGUGCGUUAAUUAAGUUCGAAUCAAUUUUAAUUUUGCACAUAGAAAUUUUGCAAAAAAGGUGAAUUUGAAUUAAAAAGAAAAAUUGAAUUCAUUAGGAAAUGAUAAUUCAAGAGUAAACAACCAAUUAAACCAAACAAACCCUUUGAUACGUGAAAUUAAGGAGAUAUUUUGCGUCUGGAAUUUUUCGAAAUACACCUGGAAAAACCUGGAAAAGUCAGGGAAUUUUAUUUUCGCUAGAUAAUCGACACCCUGUAUUAUUAAAUGCUUCCAAACGGAAACUUUUUUAGCUGCACACGUAUUUUAUCACAAAAUGGGCUCUAAUUAAACCCUUUUUUUAAUUUGGCGGGCCUAGCCUUUACAACUCAACAACUGAACAAAGAAAAUCGAAUGCCGUUAGCGAAUCAGUAAUACCUUGUUGCUAAAAGAGAUCUGUAAAAUUAUAUUUACCAAGAUAAAAAUAAAGUUGGUUGAAGACAAGUUUUAAAUUCCGGUGUAGUUUGCCUCACAUUUGGUAACACCAAAACUACAAAGCGCCCCCAUCGUAUGGUAACGAUCAUGGACGCGCAUCGUGACUAAUCGCCUCGAUUCUGGAUUCCGAUCGACGUUGUUAUAGUCAGGGCUGAAAACAGUUGACAGAAAACGAUGAGUUUGAAAAAAGGAAAACAUCUGUUCAUUAUAUUCCCUCUAUGGUAGCACAAAUAUCAAAUCAUAGCACCCAGAGAUAUUUGUUACCUACAUAUAUGAUAUAUAUCCAAAGGUAACCAAAGGUAAAGGCAUACGAUGUAUUCUGUUCGAAGCGCAAUUUCUGAUCGGAUCCGACUUCGAUCGGUAUGUAGAAUAGAGACGAAUGUUUUUGUACCCGAUCGGUACCCAACCUUAAAGUUGUUCCACGGAAAAGACCCCAAUUCUAGCACUUUUUCUGAGUAAUCCAUUCCAUACCCUGAGCCGCAUCAAUUUCUAUCUUUAAAAAUGGCUGGCCUUCAAACUGGCCAAAGAUGAGCUAAUGGAUUUCAUAAUAACACUUUGGUACGACUCAUGCUGCGGUCGUAUUCAUUAGAAAACGAAAUGUAAAUCAAAAUAGAAACUAAUUCUUGUACCACAAGAAAGGAAUUAUAAUUUUUAAACUUCAGCUUGUGAUUUCUGUAAUAAAGAUGGUAGGAGCAGAAUGUAAAGAUGCACCGAGCUUGAAAAGCCGAAUUUUUUGAAAAUAUAGUGCUAUAAAUUCAAUGUGUAAUUCGAAUAAAACGAUGAACCGAAAUGCAUUAAAGGUUUAAACCACGAGAAAAUAUUUGUGAGCAUCUGUUUAUUAAAUGUGAAGGAAUAAUAGGAAGCAGUAAAGAAAAUUCGUAAGAUAUUUUUCGAUAAUAAAAAAAAUAAAAAU